AACGCACCAAACACAAGCCAAACACUUACGAAACGAAUAGUAAGCGUCAUUAAAGAAAAAAGCUCGAGCCUUCCAGCUCCUGGCACCUCGAUGAAUGAAUAAGCUGUUUCCAGAAAAAGCCUCCAGGAUUUGCUGCUGGAGAAAUAAUCAAACGAGCGCUUCGGUUGGUGCGUCGCUGCGACCUCUCCAGAAGAAACACGGACAAAACUGCUCUGGGUUAAACUUUUGACUUUUUUUUUGACCGAAGCAUUUUCAAGAGAGCAAGGCGGCCUGUUUGAGCAACAAGUGGAGAUAUGUUUAAGAAAAGCAAGAGUAAAGUGCUGGUGGAUUAUGCGUCAGAGGAAGAAGACAUGUCAGAGACAUGGCACUAUCAUCACUCCUACAAGGACAAAGAUAUAGAAGGAGAGGAAGAGGAGGAGGAAGCUGUCACUGGUGUUUCCAAGGAGGCCAAGGUGAAGAAGAUUAUGUCCAAGAAAGAGAGGAGGGAGAAAAAGAUGUUCUCCUCUAAAGACGACGAACACUUCUUGUUGACUGGAGUGAAGCUGGCUGACCGCAGAGGGUCUCACAAGAAAAUCAAAGAUGAUGAGAAGGAAAAAGAAAAGAAGGAAAAGCCAGAGAGGGGCCACUGUUUCUGGGAGAGCGUUACCAUGACAAUGAGGCAGAUCUCACCCACCAAAAAACUGGAGAAGAUGGAAGGCUGGGAGCCGCCUCACCUUGAGAACUUAACCGAGACUGUGACCGAUGAAGCCCCAGAGGACAAGAGCCAAAAAGGGGGCUCUCCAGUGUCUUUCCCCGAGUCUCUAGGCCUUCCAUUAGAAUUGGCCUCCUGGGGGGGGCGAGGUCUGGAAGAGGACUCUUCCCGCUAUGCUAACCUGUCGGACUCCAAGGAUUCAACAGCUGCUGUCAGGUGGACGGCCCGCGCCAAAGUCAAGCUGGCCGGCAUCAGCAGGAUGAGCAGAGGGAUUGUGUCGGACAGUGCGUGGGAGGGCUUUAAAUAGUAGCCAUUUAACCUUUGAUACCCCGUCCUCCCUCCUCACUGUGUACCAUCAAUAAAGAGGAUGAAGACCUGAACCAAAUAUCUGCUUGUCUCAGUAGUCUAGUUUUGGACAAAACCGAUGUGUUAACUGGUGUUGAGAUGCUGCACUGCAGCAAAGCCCUCAACAUAACACAUGAAGUUUGUCCCUAGUAUUUUAGCUUUGAAGUCCAUGAAGACAACAUAUGUCAGUUUUAUCAAUGGUUUUUUUGGCAGGACUGCCACUUUUGAAUCACUGGCAUCAAUUUUAAACUACAACAAAUGAAAGCCUUAAACUACUGUAUUAUUUUAACUGUGAUAUCCACUGGCCUGGCAUGUAGAUAUUUGAUAUUGCCAAGAAAUGAGAAAAGUGAUUUUCAUAUGAUUGUUGUGGUUGUUAGUAGUAGAAUUGAUGAAGAAUAUGCAAAACCUCCUACUGAAGACUUUAUAAUGUUAGAAUGGUUUUCAGUUAAUUUAUGUCCAUGCAGUUACAGCAUCUGAACGAGGAAUGUGAGCUUGAAGCCUUAGUUUAAACAUCGAUAAUGUGAGUGAGUCACACUUGGCACCGCAGAGGAGUUCUGUUGUUGUAAUGGGAGUAUAUGGGGGUACUGGUUGCAAUCAUGUCACAUCAGCUAUUGUAAUUAUGAGCUUCUGACUUGCACUUAGCGCUCACAGUAACAUCCACGUUGUAACUGCUAAACUGAUCUUUCCCAAAGCUCUGUUACAUCCAACGCGGCACUUACUGCCUGAAAACCAAACAAAUAUCAGUGCAAGACCACCAUUCAAAGUAAUUAAACCAAUUUAAAGUUAUAUUAUAAAUGCACAGUAUUUUAAUAAUCAAAUGACAAACUCUGUAACUGUGCGGCCAUCUUGAUGAUGUGAACGCUUGCAAGUUUUUUCCGUGUUUGUUGUGUUGUUUAAAUCUGAUGCUGAAUAUUUAUAAAACUUGUAAUGAUGAAAAGAUAAGAGCCAAAACCUGUAUUCUUAUUUUUUUGUAAGAAAAGCAGUGACUUCCCUGCACCUGUCAAGUGCCUUGUGUCAAAAGAAUGACGUCAUGUGUUUGCUGGAAAUUUGAAGUAGACCAGAUCAUCCUUUGAGCACAAACCCGCCUGUGCUCAUCACAACAUCCACACAGGUGCAGGUGAGUUAACCCAGCAUGCACCUGUGCUGCACCAGCUUUGACAUAUUUUCCCAAUAAUGGUGUAAUGAAAACCAUUAGCCUCACCAGCAGGAGGAGAUGCAGUUUGCGUGCAUUAUAGCCAGCUGGUCAGUUCUUUAAUGUGGUUUGCAUAUCUGUAUAUUGUACAGGACUGAAACGAUGAAGAGUAAUUUAAUUUCUACAAUGAUUUGAGAUUUUUUUUUAGUUGCAUAAGAAACUUUUUAAAAUUCAUGCUAUUGGUCUUUGUUUCUCUCUUCUCUUCUUUCCUUUGUUUUAAUCUGUUUACUGGAUUUGUUUGAUACUGAUGUCUGCUUCAUGGCAGCCAGAAGUGAACACAGAUACGGGGUCCACUUCCAAGGAUGCCUGUAUCCUGUAUUUAUUCACUAAAAGGCUGGGUCACAUUUUCUCAAAGCAGAAUAAAGCUCCAGUCUGAC